AUGGCGCCCAGGACGCCUGGGAUCGCAUGUGUGUGUGCGUGCUUGUGUUGGAGCGGCGGCCCGUUUACUGUCCGGUGCCGGGACCACGACCGGUCUGCCUGCCUGCCGUGCCGCCCGGUCCGUCUGCGGCGGGUGCAGCGUCGGCUCCCGCGGGCCGGCGGGCGGGCGGUCACGGCGCUCGGCAGGCAGGCAGGGCGGGCAGGCGGGCGGCGGCAGGGCUGGCGGGUCGCUGUGCAGCCCGCGGGUACGGAGCGAGCGGGCGAGCCCAGCACGGGGCAGGAGCAGAGAAACCAGCUCUCACGGAGGCGCCCCGGGCCCUCGCCGCUGCAGCCGGUUCCCGUCCCGCGUCCCGGUUCAGGGCCGCUGAGCUGUCAGACGCGUAGGGUUCCCGUGCACUUCAGUGCGCCUGCCCGGCCGGUCCCUCUGGGGACAUCUAGUGGCCAAGAGGCGGAACUGCACCUGCCGCGCCGGCACCUCCAGGCUCGCCCGCCCGCCCGCCCGCCCGCCGUCAGUCAGUCAGUCAGGCAGUCAGUCAGUGGGCCGGUGGUCAGCGGGCCGGCCGGUCAGCGGCUACGCUUCCCAAACAGAGAGAGAGAGACCCGUCCCGUGUCGGCGGCGGGCGGCGGCGGCGGGCGGGAGCCUUUCCCGUUCUGUCCCUGUGCAGCCGCCCGCCGCCCGCCGCCGCCGCCCGCCGCCGCCGCAGCUUCUGUCCCCCGGGCGAGCGGGCGAGCUCCCAAUAGACCCGCGUGGGCGUGUGCGAGCGGCGGCCCGCUUACUCACGGGUGCCGGGACCGCGACCCGGUCUGCCCGUCAGUCUGCCUGCCGUGCCGCCCGGUCCGCCCGUGUCGCGGGCGGCGUCUGCUCCCGUGCGGCGAUGCCGUGGCUGCGGCGGCGGCCGUGCCUGCCCCGGCCGGCGUGCCGCCCGCGAGCGAGGAGCCGCACGGCAAAGUGACACGCGUGGGCCGUCCCCGCCUCCCGUCCCGUGUCCGUCCCGGGUCAGGGCCUCCGAGCUGUCAGAUCCGUAGGGUCCCCGUCGACUCCAGCGCGCCUGCGCGGCCGGUCCCUCUGGCGGCAUCUAGCGGCCAGAAGGCGGAACCGCACCCGAUGCCGCCCCGGCCGGCCGCGGGACGUGCCGAUUGGCCGGCCGGGGAGGCUAUGGUAAUCUCUCCGGGGCCCUGCGGCCUCAUGGGAAAGUCACCCUCACGGAAAAGACGGUCGGUGGAAGAGGCCCGGGCCGGCCAGGAGCGCCAGCUGCGGCGGCUGCAGCGGGCUCCGCAUCCCGAGCCGGAGCCCGCCUGGGGCCCCACCAGGCCCGGCUCCCGCCGAGCCUCAGGCCCUCCGGAGCAGAGGGGCCCUCUCUGCCCGGGAGGCCCAGGGCGAGGCGGAGCCGGCGACGGCGGCGGCCCCGGGGGAGACAGCGGCCGCCAGGGCAGCAGGAGCCGCAUCCCGAAGCGGCGCCUGCGAGGCCGCCCCGGCCGCCUCCCGCCCCAAACCCCGGGCCUCACGGGCAGAGAGGGCCCCUCUGCACCGGAGGCCAAGGGGGGCGAGCGGGAAGGCCGGCGGCGGCCCCGGGGAGAGAGAGACCCCGCAGGAGCCGGCUACUCCCGAGCCGAGGCCUCCGCGGAGCCCCUGGCCGUCACCCCUCCCGGGCUUCCCGGGCAGAGAGGGCCCCUCUGCUCCGGGGAGCCUGGGGAGGGAGUGAUGCCUGUGCCCAAGGGCGACAGGCAAGGCAGCUCACAGCGUGAGGACUCUGCUGAGAAAACACCUUCUCUGGGCCGGACAGAGCCUCCCGGUGGCCAAAAGGCGGAACUGCAGCCGCCGGCCAACAGCGCGUCCGUCCCUGUACAGCGUCCCCCGACCGCCCCGCCGGAAACGGCCGGAGCGGGGAACUUUGGUUCCGCCCUCACGGGGGUGCCGCUGACUCUCGGACACAAGGAACAGAACCGACAUAAAACCGUCAGGGCGGCGAGCCGGGGACCGGCUCCGGGUUUCUCACGCUCCGGUUCCCACGGGCAGCUCCCGGCUCUCACCGCUCUCCGGCGCCACCCGGCGGCCGGUUCGCGAAACCGCGCCCGCCACCGGGAACUCCCGGGCGACCGGGCCCGUUACCGGGACCCGCCGGGCGCCGGGCGCCGGGCUCGCCCGUGCCCGCCCGCCGCGUGGAGACGCCCGCGCGUUUCUCGGUUCCCACACCCUCCCAGCGGCAGGGAGACGGGGUCCCUCCGGGCGGCGGCUGGGGUGGAAACCGCCGCCGCCGCCGCCGCCGCCGUCGCCAUGUUGGAUGCCCGGUCUCCGUCCCGCUGGGACGUUCGGUCGCUUAGCGGCCCGAGAAUCGCUCCCGCUCGCUCAGAAUCACCGCCGUCCCGCCCGCCCGCCUCCCCGCGGUCCCCUGCCUCGGCGGCGGCGGCGUGGACCGCGUGGAGCGAGGCCGCCGCGGGCCCCGCCGCCGCCGCCGCCGCCGCCGCCAUGUUGGAUGCCCGGUCUCCGUCCCGCUGGGACGUUCGGUCGCUUAGCGGCCCGAGAAUCGCUCCCGCUCGCUCAGAAUCACCACCGUCCCGCCCGCCCGCCUCCCCGCGGUCCCCUGCCUCGGCGGCGGCGGCGGCGUGGACCGCGUGGAGCGAGGCCGCCGCGGGCCCCGCCGCCGCCGCCGCCGCCGCCGGCGCCAUCUUGGCCGGCCGGUCCCUGCUUUCACAGACCGUUUCUGUCGUUUCCUUGUACCUCGAAUCCCUCCGGGAUCACGGCGAUACGAUCCGCCGGCCUCCCUGCGGCCCCCGGCCUCGGCGGCGGCGGCGAGGGCCGCUGGGAUUAGAACCGGCAAAGCCGCGGCGGCGGCGGCGGACGGCGGCGGCGGCGAUGAUGGCCUCGGAGCCUCGCCCGGCAGGUCCUCGUCUCCAGCCACCCGUGUCGGUCGCCUCACGUCCUGGGAGUCGCUCCGGCCCGCUCGGGGUCACGGCGAUACGAUCCGCCGGCCUCCACGCGGCCCCCGCCGAGGCGGCGGCGAGGGCCGACGGGAUUAGAACCGGCCAGGCCUCGGCGUGCGUCCCCGGCUCCCGUCCCGGUCGCCAUGUUGCCCGCCACGCCGUUUCCAGUUUCGUUAAUUUUUAA